GGUGUUGUGAUACCAUAAACGAAAGGCAUUAUUUGUCGAAAAACAUAUUCUUUGGAAAAUUCCGAUCAUUUUUCAUAAUCGAUAGACGUUCGAGGACGUUUCGAAUUGCUUCUACGCAAGCUGCUGCGUUCGAACGCGCAAAUACUGAUAAUAGUAAUCGCUUUUACCUUCUCAGACGGUAACUCUAUACUUAAAAAAUGACAACAACGUUGUUUACGUGAAUUUUCCACACGCCAAGUUUAUCAUAUUUUGAGUAAAAAUUGUUGACAUAAUUUGGUGGUAAUAAUAUAUAGAUGGGUAGAAUUUGUAAACGAAUAUUAUAGAAUGUGGAAAAUUUGGAGAUUAAGAGAUACACAUGAAGUACAAAAGAAUUUAGACUUUAAUCCGUUGUAAUCCAUUAAACUUGGUAGAUAAGUAAAUAAAUAGAGGAAUAGAUUGUAAAUAAUCAAAUAAGCCAGAGAUAGGAAAAUUGCGUUUGCGUAGCACCAUCUGGUGGAUAAUUUCGAUAUAUUAGUUUGAUUACUUAGUUGUCAUGGCAAUGACUGGCAUACAAUCGUGGAAAUUAAUAAUAAUAUUCAAUCAUAAUGAACGCGUGUACGUUUUAUACUCGAUAUAUAAGUUUGUGAUGACUUUGUUGUAAAAGAAUGUCUGUCACAAACGAUAAUUUGGAAACGACGUAUAAACCAGUUUAUCGUCGCAGACGCGUUUCAAAAGCUAGACAUAUGUUUAAAAUGCACAAUGCUUGCAAAGAUUUACCAGACUAUGUAACCGAAGAUGGUAAUGAUUACGAAGGUGACAUACCUUUGACAACUAAAAGCAAUAGAUGUAGAAGAAAUAGAAAAUUGUCUAAGGAAAGUAAUGAACAACAAAUGUUUGAUGAAGGUGAUGCAGACUCAGGUAUUAUUUCUUCAAGAAUAAGAGACAAACAUGUUUCAAAAGAUACAUUGAGAAUAGCUAAUGAAUAUCACAAAUUAGAUAAAUGCUACAAGAAUGUUCAAGAUGAGUGUCGAAAGUUAAAUAGUUUAAUGGAAGAGCGAGAAGCAGAGUAUCAUCAAUUAUGUUCGAGAUAUGAAACAGUAGUACAAAUGAUGAAGGAAAUGGAAGACACAAGAGUUGAUUUGGUAAAAUACAAUAGAAAACUUGAGGCUGAGAAAAUUCAAUCAAGCGAAGAUGUAGCAUUAUUAAAAUGUAUCGUUUACCAGCUAAAUGCUGAAUUAGAAAGAUAUCAAGACAAAUUAAAAGACCAAAAACUUGGAACAGACUUCGUAAAAAAUAAUGAAAAAGCAGAAAAGUACAAUCAACACGUUUGGGGUGGUAUUAAUUUUCAUACAUUGGGUCCACUUUUAAAUGCUUAUCAAGAAAACUUGUCAGAAAAACAAGAAUUGGUGAACAUGUAUGAGCAAGAAAUGGCCGAUUUUGGAAGCAGAUGUAAAGAAAUAGUCGCAGAGAACGAACUUAUGCAUAAAGAAGUGGAAAAUUUGAGGAUAGAGUGUGCCAGGUAUGCACAGGAAAUAAAGUCAUUGGUUGAGAAUAGUGCAUCACUGAAAAAACAGAAUGAUAUCCUGCAAAAAGAAACUACAGGUCUCAAGAAAGAAGCAAAAGAAAUUUGUUCGCUGUACGAAGCAAAAAUGGAAGCAAUCUUAAAACGUAAUGAAGCACUUAAAAAGGAACACACAAUUAGUGCAUCAGAACUGAGCAAUCUCAAAGGAAAGUACGAGAUCUUAAGCAAAGAGUUCGAAAAGGUUAAAAAUAAAGAGGAGCAAACAGUCCCUACUAUCGUUCAUACUACUGCUAUCGAAGAAUGUAGGACGUUAUUGGAAGAAUUAAAGCAUCAAUAUGAGAGCGAAAAACGUAAUUUAUGCAAUCAUAUAAAACGUAUAGAAGAGAAUCAGCCAGAAAAUGAAAAACAACUCGUAAUGAUUACAGCUGAAAGAAAUCAUUUAAAAAUCCUCGUUGACAAACUAGAAAGCAAUCUCAAGCGCACACAACGUAAAUAUGAGAACAUACAAACCCUUGUAUAUUCUACACGCGUUUCACGUGAUUCGUUGAAAGAACAAUUGAAUAAGGCAACCGCUUAUUGCGAAGAAUUGUUUUCCGAGUACGAAAGGAUUGUUACAGAGAGGGAAAAGUUACUAGGCCUUUUGCGUGAAACGGAAAAAGAAAAUGCAACCAUCGAUCGUCUUGGAAAAACCAUUAAUAGCCGAGUGGAUGGAUUAAAAAAUCAACUGGAGAACGUCCAAAAAGGCGCGAAACAUCAAGUUGAAUCUGUCGAGAAGCGUAUAAAAUUACAAGAGCUCCGAGUACGUCAGAUGAAACGUAAAUAUCGUCGUAAAAUACAGAAUUUAAAAGAUACAAUCAAGCAGAAAGACGAUAAAAUUUUAAAAUUACAAGAAAAGCAUACUAGUCGAAAUAAUUCGGUCCCAGAUUUAUCUAAACCUGUAGAUGACGAGAAACUUCAAAUAUCUGAAGAUAAAAUUAAUAAGCUUUAGAUCAAUCGCGUAAAUCGUUAGCACAUUCUUAAAUGCGUGAUAAGAUCGCUCUUAAUGGAUUGGACUUUGAAACUGAUUUUCAACGAAUCUCUUAAUAAGCAUCUAAUUAUGGAAUAGGUGCUACUCGAAACACCGUCCUCCUGGUAUUUACCAACCGUGUCAGUCACUUUAUUUAGCGGUGACAUCAAACGAUACAAGUGGCUGCGAAGGCUAUCGUUCGCCACUAUAUGAAUGGCCGAUGGCAGUGGCGGUUACAGUAACCACCUCUCGGUGAAAAAUUGAUGUCAGCCUUUAUAGGUAUGAUGUCAGAUGCGUUCCAUACAUUUAUGUAUAUGCAAAAGUUGUAUGUGUUAGCCUUAAGCCUUCUAUAGAGAUCAAUAACAAUUCCAAACACGAUAA